GUUUCUGCUACUCCUCAGAUGGGCGGUGGCGCUUCUCCCCAGGGCUCCCCCAUGGCUGGUCCCCAGGGCUCUCCGAUGGCUGGCCCACAGGCCACUGGCGCUGGUCCUGAGGCUGCUGGCAUGCAUGGCGCUGCUGGCCCCUCGGGCACUCGCGGCAAGGGAAUGUGGGCAUACCCGUACUAUGGUGGCAUGUACGGUGGCUACGGCGGUCUGUACGGUGGCUAUGGCGGCUACCCGUACUACGGCGGCUACGGCCUACGGCGGCUAUGGCGGUUAUGGCGGCUACGGCUACCCGUACUAUGGCGGCUACUGGUAAACUCUCACAAGAGCCUCUGCCUGUUUUUACAACGUAAUAUCUCUAGCGUCCUGCGCUGUGCGCCCGACUAUUCUCAUAAAAUGAAUCAUUU